UUGAUGAACUUACUGAAUCAAACGUCACGAAUUAACUCACUCUACAACAUUAACGUAAGGCUUACAUGAGCGUUUGUUGGUAAAGAUGCUAGGCUAACUUGUGUCACAAAUAUAAACAUAAACAUGUAGUCUCAUACAUUUUACGAACAUUUUUUAUUAAUUUGUUGUUUAUUACUCGAGCCGGCGUCUUAAGUUCACGGAAAUGGAUCCGACUUUAGCACUUGCUAAGUUUGCUAAAGAUGCUACACAAGAAACACGAGGGCAGUGUUUCCCUAAGUUAAACUGCAACAUGGCCUCUAACAGGUUAAGAGAAAUUCUACUCCUUACACAACAUCCCUUUCUCUUAAAGACGACAAAUCACACAAAUAAUGCAGUCUGUCUGUCUCUAUAUACUGUUCUGUGCUAAAAGUUUUCUUCACUGAUAUUUAGGGAGCAGAAAAUAAGACAAAUGCACCUAUUUCUGUAGUGUUUUCUGGGUGUUAUGUACAGUAACUACAAAAACAAAUAAAAUUCUUAAAUGAAACCUGAACACUUCCAAGUCUCUAAGUCUUAGUUUUAAGAUAUUCCAGCAUCCUGCACCGCCUUGCAGGGUCUGGAGGCUUUCCAUGUCUCUUCCCAUAUUUUUUUAAUACACCUAGAUUUCAUUUUGAACUUCUUGAAAUUCCUUUUCUCGUCCAGGAUCCAUGCGGGAUACGAUCUUUUGCACACAGAUGUUUCUACCGUGCUUCAGAAGACCUUUCGGCUCAUGGAGGCGUGUUUACUCGUGUGUGUGUGUGGUGGAUCGAGGUUAGGAGUUCUAUAAACACUGCUGGUUAUGGUGAAGCCGCACUUAUUCAUCAGUUAGGUUUUAUUUAGUUCGCUAUGGAAGGAUUUUGCUGUGACACAAAGUUGAAAAAAUCUACUCCAGCAUCUGGUUAAUGCAAGAAAACAAAGCGUCUUGUUACUACAAGGAAACAAGUACGAGAAAACAUCUGGUUAUUAAUUAAGAAAAGUGUCUCAUCCCACACAAAACGGUAUAAAAAAAAGUCCUAUCAUGAGACUUGUCAAAAACAUCGUAUUAUUAUGGAAAAACAUCUCGUUAUCGUAAAAACCUUUUCGUUAUUCCGAGAAAAGCAUCUUGUUAUUGCUGGAAAAUAUCUUAAAAAUGACAAAAUAUUUCUAUGUGAGAAAACAACUCAUCGUUAUCAGAAGGUAGCGUGUUACUAUAAGAACAGCUUGUUAUUGGGGGAAAAUGUCUUAUCAUCGCUUUAAUAAAACCGUUACACCCUGAUAGAACCGGAUGUGGGUUGUAUUGUAUUUUUCUAUCCCAUAAUAACAAAAUGUCUCUCUUUCUUGUGUUUCUGUUGUUCUGAAACAAAAUCAUGUCUCCUCUAGCAACAGGCAGAAAUAAAAUAAAUAAAUAAAAAGUCCCUAAAAUAAAGCCCUGAAUAAAUAUCACUGAGAGCCUCGGGAAUGGUCCGAAAUUCCUCCCGACUCGCUGAGAGGUUGAGUUAUAGAGUCUGGAUGCGACGCUCUUAUAAUAACAAGCUUUUAAACGUAGAGAGCCGGAGAGAAAAGGCUCGGGCACACAGCAGCCCUCCCGAGCCGGCUAGACGGAGACGCUGCGCCGGCCGUGGCGCUACAGGAAUGCAGGACUGGCAUCUGCAGGACAGCUCCAAGCAUCUCGCAAGUCGCAGAGAAGGGACCGUCAUCACGUCACGUCUCCCGAGUUCUGGGAAAAUCGCACAUUUCUCGCCUAGACUAAAUAACAGCGAGACGGAACAAUUUUCCAAACGCAGAUUUUUUCCGAGCUCUUCUCUUAAUCCUAAUUGUUUUCAGCCCCUUUCUGUCGAGACGAUGAUUAUUCUGGAGCCGGUGGCCACGAUCCGAGCGCAACUCGGAAAGUCGUGCAGUCUCUCCUGGAUUCCUUCAGCCAAAGCAGCACCUAUAAAUAAAAAGCACAUGCACGGCUUUCCAGCCAAAGCAGCGUAUGAAACGAGAAAUGAAGCUCAGGCUGUGUGGUCACUCUUGUGUACUUUACCCCCCGAAGCUAGCACGCUUCGAACCCUUGUCGUGUUCUGACACUGACAAGUUUAAACAUGAUUUAUUAGCAUAUUUUCCACCAUGGUUUAUGAACGUUUCGCU